CCACCCAGAGAUUUAAUUCCCACGCCAAUUUUUCUAUUAAUUAAUAUGCACAAAACCCAUAAAGAGGAGAGAGAGAGAGAUCCAGAAGGAGAGAGAGAGAGAGAGAGAUGGCGGAUUGGGGGCCGGUGGUGAUAGCGGUGGUGCUGUUUGUGCUGCUGACGCCGGGGCUGCUGAUCCAAAUACCUGGGCGGUCGAGGGUGGUGGAGUUCGGGAACAUGCAGACCAGCGGCGCCUCCAUCCUGGUUCACGCAAUCAUCUAUUUCGGUCUACUCACCAUCUUCCUUGUCGCCAUCGGCGUCCACAUCUACACUGGUUGAAUUCAAUCGAUUUCUUCAAUUUCUAUUGUAAUCCCUCGCCUUGAAUUUCUAAUUUCUACCUUGUUAUCAUAGAUCUUUUUUUUUUUUUUUUUUUUUUUUGUUGGUUGUAUCCAUACCUCUCACUAAAUUAACCUUGAAUCUUCAUCCUUAAUUUUAAUUAUUUAUACCGUUUUGGUUUUU